AUGAAUCCAGAUAAAUUUUCGGAUCCCCUUGCUCUUGAUUUAGCAGAAUACGAGCCCACAACAUUAAUUCAAAAUAAACCUGAAUCCCAAAUCAAAGUACCAGAAAUUGAACAAGUCCUUGAUCCUCCAAGCCUCCUCAAAUUCAUUCAGCCACCCUAUUAUAUCCGAUUCAAACAGCCUCCUCCCCUUUUCAAAGUUCUUCCAAUUAAAUAUGAACUAACAGAAGCAGAUCUCGUUUUCCUCAAAAAAACUCUUCGAAGCCAAAAAAAGGAAACGAUCGAAACAUUUGGCCGAUCUAUAGACCUUUGGGAAAAGCUUUCUAAUUUUAAAGCGCCGAUUCCAAAAGAUAAAGCUCUUGAAGUUACUACAAACGUUUUAGGGAAAUCCUAUAAGUAUUUAGAAAAGAUCUAUGAUUACUGAUUAGAAAACAGGAAAGAAAAUGGGCACAGCAUUCUAAGGGAAUUUUGAAAAGGAAAAGAUAGCAAAGACCAGUGCAUAAAGCAGACAUUCAUGACCAGAAAACAUCCAAAAAUGGAGCUCAGGCCCAAAAAAGACAAAAAAAUCCAAAAUUUGGCAAAUAUCCAAAAAAUUGUACUAGAUCUCAAAAAGAUUGUGGAAAUUUUAAUGUGAAUUAGGAAUAAGGAAACUGUUAAAAAAACGAUAGUCACACUAAAUAUAGCUGAAUUUGAACAAAAAAGAGCUGAUAUUUUAAAUCAAAAAGUGAAGCAUAAAGAGCUUGAUUUUCCUGUUAUCAAAAACUGUAGAAUAGCAAGAAGCUGUAGUCCUUAA